AUGUCUUCAGAUUGGGAUUCAGUUACUGUUAUCGGACAAAAGGCCAGAGUUGGUGGUGGUGGUCCAAGAGAAAACGUUGCUAAAACUUCUUCACAAUUAAAUGCUGCCAGAAGAGCUGGUUUGGUUGUUGGUACUGAAAAGAAAUACGGAACUGCCAACACCAAGUCAAAUCCAGAAGGGCAAAGGUUGACUAAAUUAGAUGCAACUGAUGAUGUUGUGGCUGUUAAGAAAGUAGAUGUGAACGUUGGUAAGGCCAUUCAACAAGCCAGACAAGAAAAGAAAUUGACUCAAAAGGAGUUGGCCACCAAGGUGAACGAAAAGCCAAACGUCAUCAACGACUAUGAGGCCGGAAGAGCUGUUCCAAACCAACAAUUGUUGGCUAAAUUAGAAAGAGCCUUGGGUGUUAAGUUAAGAGGUAAGAAUAUUGGUGAACCUUUGUUUGCUAAGAAAAAAUAA